GGAUGUAGGAGUUGGUCUUGCUCUCUUCUGGGUGACGCGGAUCGGAAGGGCCUCCUCGUACUUAAACACCAAAGUCUUAGUUGAGUACGAUUUUGUCGACUUUUUUUUUUUUACCCAAUUGACUCAAAAGAGGAGCCAUGAAGUGGACCUGGGUGCUCGUGGCCGUUUUGUUGUCCUUUGCGGGGAUCUCCUGGGGUAAAGACAGCUUGGACUUCCCCGAGUAUGACGGCAAGGACAGAGUCCACGACCUCCACGUCAAGAACUAUAAGUCUGUGAUGAAGAAGUAUGACGUCAUGGUGGUGUACUACCAUGACCAUCCCGGAUCCACCCGCGUCGCCCAGAGACAGUUUGAGAUAGAGGAGUUGUCCCUUGAGCUUGCAGCCCAGGUCCUGGAGGAGUUUGACGAUGAGGACAUCGGAGUCGGACUCAUUGAUGCGAAACUUGACAAAGCUCUAGCUAAGAAAUUAGGCCUCGAAGAGUCCGACAGCCUCUACAUCUUCACAGAAGAUGAGGUCAUCGAGUACGACGGAGAGCUUGCGGCGGACACGCUUGUGGAGUUCAUCUAUGAUCUUCUUGAAGACCCGGUGGAAAUUCUUGACAACAGUAGGGAACUGAAAGGCUUUGAGAAAAUCGAAGAGGACAUCAAAUUGGUGGGCUACUUUAAGAGUCACAAGUCAGAACAUUUCGUGGCUUUUGCUGACGCCGCUGAAGAGUUCCACCCUCACAUGAGGUUCUUUGCAACCUUCAAUCCUAAGGUUGCCAAGGCUCUGGAGCUGAAGCUUAAUGAGGUUGACUUCUACGAACCCUUCAUGGAUGAUCCCGUCGUCAUCCCAGGAAAACCCUACACCGAGGAUGAGCUGGUGAAAUUCAUCGAAGAUAACGACAGGCCAACUCUGAGGAAGCUGCAACCCCACAACAUGUAUGAGAUCUGGGAGGAUCAUGUUGACGGUGAACACAUCAUCGCUUUUGCUGAGGAGGCUGAUCCCGAUGGCUAUGAGUUCUUGGAGAUCCUGAAGCAAGUUGCAGAAGACAACACAGACCACCCUCACCUCAGUAUUGUCUGGAUUGAUCCCGAUGACUUCCCACUGCUGGUGCCUCACUGGGAGAAGACUUUUGGAAUCGACCUGUCCUCCCCGCAGAUCGGUGUCGUGGAAGCUGAUGAUGCAGACAGCGUUUGGAUGGACAUGGACGAUGGCGAUGACAUGCCGUCUGCCGAUGAAGUGGAGGACUGGAUUGAGGAUGUUUUGUCCGGGGAAAUCGAUCCCGACGAUGACGACGAUGACGAUGACGAUGACGACGAUGAUGAUGACAACGAGGACGAUGACGACGACGAUGAUGACGACGAUGAUGAUGACGACGACGAUGAUGACGACGACGAUGAUGACGAUGACGACGACGAUGAUGACGACGACGAUGACGACGAUGAUGAUUAUUAAUGAAUUAAUAUCAAUCUGACCAAUGCAGUUUCAACUGGUAUCAUCAAGAUCAACAUCAUCCUCAUUUCGAUCAUAGAUACAGUGGAACCCGCUUAUGUCGACAACACACUUAUGUCGACAACACGCUUAUGUCGACAACACGCUUAUGUCGACAACACGCUUAUGUCGACCAACUCUUCAAGUCCCGGUCUGCUAAAAAAAAUGCCCGCUUAAAUCGACCGCCAUCAUCUGUUGAUGUAAAAUGUCUUAAAAAAAUAAGUCUGUUUAUGUUGACAUGGGUUGUAGUUUUUGUCAACGUUGCGACAAACCUACACAGCAUUCAGCACUAAGUGACUUCCUGCUCAGCGUAAAGCCAGCUUCACAAUAUGCUGGCCUGUUAGCAUGCUAAUAUGAUCAUGUUACCACAUGCUAACAUAAUUAUACCAACAUUUUUAGCAUUUUCAGGGGUAAGCACUUAUACACUUAGGUCUUUUAUGCUGACUGUUAGCAUGCUAAUAUUAUCAUGUUACCACAUGCUAACAUAAUUAUACCAACAUUUUUAGCAUUUUCAGAGGUAGUCACUUAUCCAAACACUUGGGUCUUUUGUGCUGGUUGUUAGCAUGCUAAUGUUAUCAUGUUACCACAUGCUAACACAAUUAUACCAACAUUUUUAGCAUUUUCAGAGGUGAUUUUUACCAUAGCGACUACCAACACUUGAACUACACCCACUUGAAU